AUUUUCCCUUAAUAUCACUCAAAUUGGAGGGAAAAAUGGCUUUCUACAAAUCCAACAGAAAUGUAGUAGCCAUUCUUUUCAUCCUAGUUUUAGUGCAAAUCAUGGUUGAUAAAACUGAAGCUGAUUGUGCCGAUAACGGUGAACCUUGUGCACAUUUUUUAGGAAUUACUGAUUGUUGUGUGGGAUAUAGGUGUAGCAAAGGUGCUGGUUACAAAUGUGUACGAGACCCGAGUCAACACUGCUUAGAUGAGGGGAGAAAGUGUCAUGUAUUUUCCAGUUGCUGUGGAAAAAACCAGUGUACACCACAAAGACCAACUCAACUCUUUACAGGUCGUUGUGUACCACCAAAAUAUUGAUUUAAAAUAUCACAAGGAAGGUUCUUUGAGUUUGAUACAUUGUCUAUUAAGAUGCUUCUUCCUAAUUAAUCAUUAUAAACUCGGUUUAAUUCUUUCCCAAAUGGAAGUAUAAUUAUGCAAGCUAAUAAAAUUUAUAUUUUUGAUAAAAUUUUGUAUUUACUUUAUUCAUUUUUCUCUUUACACAUGACAAUAUUCAAAUUUAUCUUAUUUCAUUAGAAUACUUUGUUGUUCAAAAAAAUUAAUAUUUCAUUAGAAUAUUGGUUUUGUUAAUGAGAUGUAU